AGGUUUUAUAUAUCGAGAGGCAAUGCCAUUCCCACCAUCACUCUCGCGGCGUCUCUGCUAUCAUGAACACAGACGCCUGGUUUGUCGUCCUCGCCUUCUGCUGCGCCUUCGUCAGCGCCGCCGCCCCAGACCCCUCAUCUUGGGUGACCCUUGCCGAGGACGAUGCGCCACGAAGACAGAUCACCGCCGAGUUGUUCCUGAACAACGGCAUGGACUGGGGUGUGUGGGGCGAGGCUGAAUUCUGCCCCGAAGGAAGCUUUGCUCAUGCCUUUGAAGUCAAGCUCGAGAUCUACAGUGCUACAGAUGACACGGCUGUCAACGCUGUCAAGCUCUACUGCAGCACUCCAGCCGAACAUGACACCGGCUAUGCCAUGUCAACGGAAGGACGGUUUGGAGACUGGAUGGGUGAGUCACAACGCUUGGGAACAGAAAUUGUUAAAGAAAAAGAAAGAAAGAAAAAAAAAUAUUGCCAAGCCUCUCUCUCAAUCAGAUGUUGCCGUUAAAUCAAUUGUCAUAAU